AUGUGGUGGAAUUAUGUGAUUUAUAUGUUUAUAUUUUUUGUAGUUUUUGGAUGCGAAGCGCAGACACGAUCCGAAGUACAAGCGUCACUUCCGGUUGUUUUGGAUCCACGUGACAACAGAGAUGACGUGUCAUCCAACAUCGUCGGUGGACAAGACGCAGAGAAGGAUGAGUACAUAUACCAAGUCUACUUCACUAAGAACGCCCGCUUUUUCUGCAGUGGACUUAUACUGGACAAAGAAACCGUUCUGACCGCUGUCCAUUGCUUUGAAGAUGGCAUCAAUAACGGCGUUAUACACCACGUGGUGGCGGGCGACUAUGAGUACAACACGUAUGAAGGAACUGAACAGAUUCGGACCCUCAGAGCUAUCGCUAAACACCCAGAUUACGAAUCCAGUGAUUUUAUGUCACCGGAUCUUGCAGUGAUCAAACUGACGAAACCUUUCACCUUCAAUGAGCACGUUACGACCGCCAAGAAGAGAGAGCGACGUGCAAGAAAGGGUGGAAACUGCUGGGUGACAGGUCGAGGGGCUAUUAGUCAAGGUGGACCAAUCGUGUGUUUCCUGAAAGACCAGCCGGUGUUGAUGGGUAUUGUCUCAUGGAGCGGGGGUGACUGUGCCGCUUACGGCUUUAGCGCAUAUUCUAGACCGCGAUCGCACCGGAACUGGAUCAGAAACCAAGUUGCAAACCUCUAG